UUACAAACUAGAAACUAUAAUAUUUGCUGGUUUUACUUUAACCCAGCAGAUAAAUUUUAUUAACAAACUAACAUGUACAUUUUAUGGUUAUAUGUAAUUUUUUUUUGGCCUAAAAAUGUUCACAUAAUUAAAUGCGCAAAAACAGAAAGUACUAAAAAAGGAAACUACGCGACUUUCACAGAACGUAUUGAAGCUUUGGAUAAGACACUUAGCUUGCAUGCUUAUCCAGGAAAAAAGCCUAAACUCUCAGAACUUAAUGAUGGUGCGGACGUUUUUCUAAAACAUAACCCAGCAGCAAAUGGAAAGACUGAACUAAUUUCAUUUGAAUCAGUUAAGUUUCCAGGAUAUUAUUUGCAAGCAGAAAUGGAUGAUCUGGUCAAUAGAACAAUGACACUAAAUAACAUUACAAGUGAUAAACAAAAAGAUCAAGCAUCUUUUUUUCAAGAGUACAGAGUAUUGUUAAACCAAAACACAUAUCGUUUGUUUGGACACGAAUACUAUUUUCUUUGUACAGAAAACCAGCCACCAUAUGAAACCUUUAUUGGUAAAGAUGAUGACACAAAAAGUUUUUAUGAAACUUGUUCGUACAGCGAUCUACCGGUUGAUCAAGCCGCCAUAGAUCAAGCUAUGAAAGGUGAAGAUGAUUUGAAUUCUUACACUGCAAUUUUAUUGCGUAAAGCUUUUUCUCAACACCAGCUUGGAAUAGUAGCUAACAAAGAUCAAAUUGCAAGAGUUGGCAUGCCUGCUGAUAUGUUUAAAGUUAUACAGCCAGGGCUUGUUGGCGUUGAUUUAUCUGCUUCAUUUCAAAGCGAAAAAUACAGUGAUUACUAUUUAGUAAGAAAGGGAAAAGACAUAUACUUGCAGAAAACAGACCAAUCAGCUCAUUUUGCUCAAGCGGCUUCUUUUACAAUCGAAUCUUUGUUAGACGAACAAGGGUCUUACUACAUUCAUCCAUAUCAAUCUCAAACAUAUUCUCUUGGAUACUUACAUACUCCACCAUUUAAUGUCAGAGUAUUGUUAAGCAAUAACACCAAUGAAUUUGAUUUUGAUACAACUUGGAAAAUGGAAGCAAAAAAUAUUCUUACAGCUAAUUUGCAUUUUAAUAUAUUUAACCAUCCUGAAUUAGCCGAUAAAGGUAACGGAUUAAAUAGUAACCCUAGCGACAAUACAGAAUCAUUGGUUAACAGUGAAGUUAUGAAGCUUAUCUCAGAUUCAAAGAGCACUCUUAGCUAUGAUACUGCUAUAAGAAAAGCUGUCCAAGGCAAAAUUGAUUUGAAACUACUAAGAAAUCCUUCAUUAAUUUGGCAUAAACUGAUUAGUGGACAUGUUGAUCACUUGCUACAAGAUAAAAAAAUGUUUUCUUCAUUUGAAGGCGAUCCAUACUCUAACUUAAUGCACGAUGAUUUGCUACAUGAAAAAACUGAAUCAAAAUAUACAGAAGUUCAUGGAGAGUUUACUGAUUGGACUGCGUGCAGUAAAACAUGUGGCGAUGGUAUACAAUACCGAACGGCUGCAUGUACUAACCCAUUACCAACAUGCACACCCUUGCAAGAAUGGCAAAAAUGUACGCUAAACCCAUGCGAAGCCUCGAUUGCAACAGUAUCGUAUCCCAUUGGAACAACGUUUCAGUCUGAUACAAACUAUGACACUAUAACAAAAGCUAUACAUCCAAAUCCCCCAGUGUGUCCUACAGUGUGCCUGAAUGAUUGUAAUCCAAACAUGUGUGCUAUGUCAUGUUGCUCAUCUAAUAUGAGAAAAAAAAGUAUAAUAUUUUACAAGCCAAAUUAUUCAAGGAUUGAUAGAAAUAUUCAAAGGAAAAUUCUUAAAAGAUCUAUGAAAAAAUUUUAUGCAUCUAAUUCUAUCACUUAAAUGCCGUCCAGUCACUCUUUUUUGAAUUGGAAAUCUUUGAAAUUAGAAAUUGCACCUUAUUAAGCUAGUUUUUGAAUAGUAAAUAUAUUCGAGUUAAACUCUUAAAAAAACAUGAUAAACAGAGCAAGAUAACCAGAGAUAAAAAGAAACUACAAACUAAACAAGAUAAACAGAGUUAGAGUUUUUGUUAAACAUAAAUUUAAACACAAUACAAACUUUGUUAAACUUUUGGUAAAAGAUGCAUUAAACUUGCAUUUAAAUAAA